AUGUUUCAGGAAUCAGUGACCUUCAAGGAUGUGGCUGUGGAAUUCACUCCAGAGGAGUGGAAACAACUGGACUCUGCUCAAAGGAACUUGUUCAGGGAUGUGAUGCUGGAGAACUAUAGGAACCUUGUCUCUCUGGGGCUUGCUGUUAACAAGCCAGGUAUUAUCUUCCAUUUGGAGAGAGGAGGACCACCAUGGAUUCCCAAGAGAUCAGUCCUAGGAGGCAUCUUUCCAGGGACCUUGGCUCUGCUGCAUCAGUACCUUUAUGGGAACAAAAGCACAAUAUUGCCCUCUGCUGCUCCAGAGAGUUAG